CUAACAGGAUUUCGAUGUGAAUCGGACUGAUGGGAUUUUGAAGCUCAUUUAAAAUACACCUUUCUUGGAAUAAGCAUGCAGCUUGUACAACACAUUCCACUUCUGGGGAUCCUCUUUCUGGCACAUUUCAGCUUCAUCGUGGGCCUGCAAAAAGCUCCUCGAAUCAUUACCUUACUUGAGACUGUGGAUGUGCUGUUGGAUCACAAUGCCACUUUUAUUUGUGAAGUCGAGUCACAUCCCCAAGCUGACAUUACAUGGACACGCAACAACUUUCAGAUUCGACACUAUGAUUCCCACUAUAUUACCAGAGAAAAUGGCCAAAUGCUGAUCAUUCCCCAUGUGAAAGACUCUGACAAUGGAGAGUAUUGCUGCAUUGCUGACAAUGGAAUUGGAGAAGCCGCAAAAAGUUGUGGGGCUCUUCAGCUGAAGAUGAAACCCCAAAUCAAAAGACAUCCAACAAAUGUCACGUUACUCGUUGAGUCAAAGGCAGUGUUACCUUGCGUGACACUAGGAAACCCUAAACCAGAUAUCUCCUGGAUCAAAGAUGAUGAUCUUGUGAAGGUGAGUGAUCGUAUAUCCAUUUUGGAAUAUGGAGCUUUAAAAAUUCAUAAUAUCAAGAAAGAAGACGCGGGACAAUAUCGCUGCAUGGCAAAGAAUAGCUUCGGAAUUGCAUUCUCAAAACUUGUAACAAUUGAAGUUCAGGCUCCAGCCAGAAUAUUAAAUGUCCCAAAAGAAAAAAGAGUUCCUUUUGGGACAGAAGUAACACUAGAGUGCAACGCUACUGGUAACCCAGUCCCUACAAUAACGUGGUUGGAAAACGGCAACACUAUAUCUGGAGCCUCUGUGGAGGAGACACUGGUUGGAGAGGUCAUUAACUCAGUGCUUCGUGUUGUUGUGAAUAAGCCUGCUCUUUACACAUGCCUGGCCAGUAACCGUCACAGUGGGGGAGCAAACACAGUGAAGGCCACUGCCAAGGUCACUGUCUCAGAAUGGAGGUUAUAUAAAGGCACCCUGGGAUACUGCAGCACAUACCGGGGUCAGGUGUGUCGAGGAGUGCUGCCCAGGGAUGCCUUGGUGUUUUUCAACUACUCUCAGCCCGACCCUGAGGAUGCACAGGAGUUCCUGGCCCAGAGUGCCUGGGCUGAGCUAGAUGGGGUCAGCUCUUUCUGCAAACCCGCUGCCCAAGCAUUGCUUUGCCACUCCGUCUUCCAGGAGUGCAACCCGUCUGGGUUUGGCCCCACCCCUAAACCUGUCUGCAGAGAACACUGUUUGGCUGUGAAAAACUUGUAUUGUCACAAGGAAUGGCUUUCAAUGGAUGAUGGCUCCAGCAGAGGAAUGUAUUCCUCAGGGAUUAAGGUUGCCUUUCCAGACUGUAUGCACCUACACAGCCAGCAGACAGAUCCCUCUCUCUGUACUGCAGUGCCAUUUGUAGAUAUGAAGAAAGAUGACAUCACAACCAAAUGUUACAACGACAGAGGGCGGUUUUACCAAGGCACCGUCAAUGUCACAAGCUCUGGAAUUCUCUGUCAGAAGUGGAGCCAGCAGGAUCCUCACCCACACCGACUUUCUGCAGAUGUUAUUCCAGAGUUGCGAAAUGCUGAGAACUACUGUCGUAACCCUGGUGGAGAGAAUGAGCAGCCUUGGUGUUACACUACCAAUCCCCAUGUGAGAUGGGAAUAUUGCAAUAUUCAAAAAUGUGGUGAUGUUUUGCCAGUGUCCACACAUCCCAGGCAGAUCACUCCAAAACUGCCUCCAUAUGUGUCUCCAGCCUACUCCAUGAGCGUCAUCAUAUUUGUCAUAUCUGGCUUUGCUGCUGCAGCCUUUUUCAUCGUUUUUGCACUCAUGUGUCGGAGACGGAAGAAACUGUGGAAAAACAGAAAAAGGGUGAUGGAGACAUCCACACUGACAGCUUUACCAUCUGAGCUGUUGCUGGACAGACUGCAUCCCAAUCCCAUGUACCAGCGUUUGCCACUCCUUCUCAACUCCAAGCUCCUCAGCCUUGAGUAUCCCAGGAACAAUGUGGAGUACGUUAGGGAUAUUGGAGAAGGAGCCUUUGGGAGGGUUUUCCAAGCAAGGGCCCCUGGCCUGCUUCCAUCAGAGCCCUUCACCAUGGUAGCAGUGAAGAUGCUGAAGGAGGAGGCCUCUGCAGAUAUGCAGAAUGACUUUCAGAGAGAGGCAGCCCUGAUGGCAGAAUUUGAUCACCCCAACAUCGUCAGGCUUCUAGGAGUGUGUGCGGUAGGGAAGCCCAUGUGUCUGAUGUUUGAGUACAUGGCCCACGGAGACCUGAAUGAGUUCCUGCGCAGACGUGCUCCUGGCCAGCAGCGGAGCUUGAGUCAGGCCAGCCUGUCCGGGCGCAGCCUGUCCUCGGAGCUGGAGGUGGGACCCCUCAGCUGCGUGGACCAGCUCUACAUCUCCAAGCAGGUGGCGGCGGGCAUGGCCUACCUCUCUGAGCGCAAGUUUGUCCACCGCGACCUGGCCACCCGCAACUGCCUGGUGGGCGAAAACAUGACAGUGAAGAUCGCCGACUUCGGCCUGUCCAGGAACAUCUACUCGGCCGACUACUACAAAGCCAACGAGAACGACGCCAUCCCCAUCCGCUGGAUGCCGCCAGAGUCCAUCUUCUACAACCGCUACACCACCGAGUCGGAUGUGUGGGCGUACGGUGUGGUGCUGUGGGAGAUCUUCUCGCACGGCAUGCAGCCCUACUACGGCAUGGCCCACGAGGAGGUCAUCUAUUACGUGCGAGACGGCAACAUCCUGGCCUGCCCGGAGAACUGCCCCCUAGAGCUCUACAACCUGAUGAGGCUGUGCUGGAGCAACCAGCCCACGGACCGGCCCAGCUUCGCCAGCAUCCACCGCAUCCUGGAGCGCAUUCACGACCAGAUGCUCCACACCAGCCUGGCCUGAUGAACAGGAGUGCAUUCAGCUCCACUGUUGCCUGAGCGUCCUGCCGAAUGUACUGCCAUGUAACAUACCUAACCAGCCUAACCACGUGACGCAGAUGUUGUGGAGGUGUGCAACAUCUGUCAGCAAGUGGAUUGGAGAUGGGAUGUUGGCUAGAAGCAGGAGUCAUUAGCAAUGGCUACCGUAUA